CUAAAAACUAUUAAAAUAAUAUUUCAUUUAGCUGCACUGCGGUUAUAACUGCAAAGAUAUUUUAAAAAUAAUCAAAUACUUGUUUUGAAUUGAUCAAUAAUCGUUGAACUGUUAUAAAUUAACUACUUUAACUCAAGUUAUAUUUUUGUUUCUAUGUGUGUAACUAUGCGAUUAUGGUUCUUGUUCGAGAAGAUACAUCAUUAGUUAAUAAUCGUGAAGCAUAUGCAACUUCGGCUACAUUACUGCAUUUGAAAUUAUUAAAUAAGUCUUGGAUAAAGCUUAAAUGUAGUAAUUUUUUUCAUGAUGAAAAGUUAGAGGAUUACAAGUCUCUAAUAAACAAAAAAUUUGACGAAGCUAAAAAUGAUAACGAUUUUAUUGUAAGAAUUUCUCUAAGCGAUGGUUGUGAAAAACACAAUUCAAUUGACUUUUAUGAAAAUGAAUUUUCUCGCUGCUUUAGUCGCUAUGUAAAUGACGUCAUCUAUGUUUCUCCAGGAAGUUUAUUCAACUUGUGUCAUAAAAAUGUUAAAUAUUACAAUGAUUGUCACGCAAACGGGGGUAUUGAUGUUAAUGUAGUUUUAUCGCAGUGUUUGAAUGAGUCCGAUGUCAAUCAAUACGCAUCUGAAUGCAUAAUUUCUCCAGUGAGAUGUCCAUUUGGUAUCACUAACAAAGAAACCAUCGAUUCUCUCAUAAAAGAGUACUUUAAAUAUCCUAGAUUGGUUAGUGAAAAAGAAUUAUUUCCAAUUCACGUGUCAACAGAUGAAGUACCAUAUUCUCCAUCACUUUUAUGGUUUUAUGUUAAGUCUGUUAAAAACGACAGCUAUUCUGAUAACGAUACCAAUUCAAUGUUUGUUGACGUAAUACAUACUGAUGUUUUGGAAAAUAUUGCUGUUAAUUGUUAUUUACCGUUAUGCUCGUGUACCCACAGAAACAAUCCUUUUCCUAUAUUGUAUGUUAAUGAUACGCAUUACCUACAAGCUUUUUUUGAACCUAUAAAUGAACUUACAAAAAUAAUGACUCUUUUAAGCAAAAGUUAUUUUUCUGAAAAAGAUGCAAACUUGGUAUUAGAUAUUUCUCCUGUUUCUCCUGUUACUUUGUUAUUAGAAGGUCCGCCUGGUGUAGGAAAAGGCCUGCUCAUGAGAAACAUCUGUCAAAAGUUCUGUUGGCAUUUCUUGGAAGAAAAUUGUCAUGAGCUUGGAGGUGAUACAUUAGGGCUUUCGGAAAAACUCAUUGAAAAGUUAUUUUUUAAUGCUAGACAGAAUUCUCCUUGUAUUCUUUAUCUUAAAAAUAUACAUUUAUUAGGAAAAAAUAAAGAAGGCUUUCAUGAAGAACGAAGAACUAUUCAAGCGUUUAUAAGGAAUCUUAAAGAGUCAGAAAAAUCACCUAUAUUAUUAGUUGGUAGCACUUUUGAUAGUAAGGAUGUGAGAAUGCGUUUGUUUUCAGAAUUUAUUUAUCAUGUAACUAUUGGGAUGCCUGAUGAGCUACAGCGCUUUCAAAUAUUAAAAAUGUUUACUCGAACUUGGUGUAUUGAAGAUAGAAUGGUUGAAGACCUGUCCAGAAAAACUGCAGUUUUAGAAACUAUUCGAAAACGAAAAGCAGGUUCUUCUGGAAGUGUAAAUGUACCAAAAGUUACUUGGAAUGAUGUUGGAGGGCUCGAUAGCGUCAAACAAGACAUUCUUGAUACCAUCGAAUUGCCCCUAAAAUUUCCGCAUUUGUUUUCUUCUGGUUUGAAACGAUCUGGUUUGCUUUUUUAUGGUCCGCCAGGUUGUGGUAAAACACUUCUUGCAAAAGCGAUUGCUACUGAGUUUACAAUAAAUUUUUACAGCGUUAAAGGUCCGGAACUGAUUAAUAUGUAUGUUGGGCAAAGUGAAGAAAAUGUUCGUAAUGUUUUUAAAAGAGCUAGAGAAUAUUCUCCGUGUAUAAUUUUUUUUGAUGAACUCGAUUCUUUAGCGCCUAAUCGUGGCCGAUCUGGUGAUUCAGGUGGUGUAAUGGAUCGAAUCGUUUCUCAAAUACUCUCGGAACUUGACGGUAUCCAUAGCAACAGUAAUGUAUUUGUUAUUGGAGCAACAAAUAGACCUGAUCUUCUCGAUCCAGCUUUGCUGCGACCUGGGCGUUUCGAUAAAAUAGUUUACAUUGGUUUGGCUCAAACAAAGGAGGAGCGGAUGCGUAUUUUAAAAGCAGUCACUCGAAAAAUGAAUCUAUGCAAUAAAUUUGACUUGGAAAUGGUAUUAAACAAAUGCCCUGUCAACUUAACCGGUGCCGAUUUUUAUGCUCUUGCUUCUGAUGCACAAAUGAACUGCUAUCGUAGAAUAAUAAAUGACCACGAACAAAAUUUCAAUCCAAUAAGUGUAGACAGCGUAGUAGUAUUAAAUAGCGACUUUGAACUUGCUCUAAAGAAUAUUCAUCCCUCAAUAACAAUUAAUGAACUUAGGCGGUAUGAAACAAUAAGAGAUGAGAUUUCAAAUAAUGUAUAGUAAAA